GACCGAGGUUUCUAAUGACGUCAGCUCCGGACCUGUUCGGCUCCAUCCUCCCCUUCUCCGGAAACCUACAACUCACGGCACCCGGCCUCCAGCUUUCGGUUAUUUUUUUUUUUUCUUUCUUUCCGUAGCUCGAAUUCUUUCCCUCCCAUUCUUCCACCUAAAACUUUAGUCUCUUCCCGCCUUCCCUCAAGCUGGUAAUUUUCGGUUCUUGCCGCUUGCGCUCGGGUGCAUUUCCCAGCCUUUUGCUCUGUUAAUCGCCUCCCGAGCCCCGCCCUUCAGCCUUUCCCGUCUAAAUUCCUCUUUCGGCUAGUUCCGCCUCCUGCCACCCGCCUCCGACACCGCCUUCGGCUCCUUCCGGAUCAUCGCAGUUCCUUGCCUUCCCCCCCCCCCCCCCCUCCCCCCCGUCCUGGUCCCGCUUCGGCUAUCUCCGGCUCCCGCGACUUUCCAUCCAUUCUCUAGCCACACCCCCAUCACCAACCUCGGCUUUUUCCGUCUCUCGCUCCUCUGCCUUCGGCUUUUUCCGCCUUGCCUCGACCUCACUCCCUCCCUUCGGCUCUUUCCGCCGGCCUUCGGGAGAAGGCCUGUGCCCCUCUCCUCCACGUGACGCGGCCUCCGCCUCCGCCUCCCAGUUCCCCCUCCCACCUCGCCCUUCCUCCCGCCUCAGCCUCUCGGCUCCUCCAGGCCGGGCCGCCAUUUUGUGUGAAUUUCUGACUGCGGCGGGGGCCGAGCAGCCGGGGCACCUAGGGCGGGCAGACAGACAAGACAGUCGGCCCGUCUCCGCGGCCCGUUUCCUCCCUCCCUAAAAUCCUUUUUUUUAACCCCCCUCGCUCGCUCUCCUCUUCUCCCCUCCCCCCUCGCUUGCUCCAUCGCGCGCGGCCCGCGCUAAUUACACCCAACCACCCACCAGUGUCCGUGUCUCCCGGGUCCCCCACCUCCGGGCCCGCGGGGGAGGUGUGUGUGGGGGCUCUCGCCCCGAUGAGGGCCCCGUGCCCGUGAGCGAGUGACCCCAGGGGCGGGCUGCGGAGAAAGGCGGCGAGCGGCCCGCCGAGGCCUAGGCCGCGCGGCCUACGCGGAGGUCGGCGCAGAGGUGAUUCCGAAACCGAAAAACUAUAUACCCAUUCCUAUCAGGAGCCCUCAGAGCUGAAGUGUGCCCCUCCCGCCACGCCCAAGCAGUCCUUUUUCGUGCAUUAACAUCCCCUCCCCCCCCAAAGGAACUAUGGAGGCCGCGCCCGGGACCCCCCCGCCGCCACCAUCAGAGUCGCCGCAGCCGCCAUCGCCGCCGCCGCCAUCAACGCCUUCGCCUCCUCCGUGUUCCCCCGACGCCUGCCCGGCCACCCCGCACCUCCUCCACCACCGCCUCCCGCUCCCUGACGACAGGGAAGAUGGUGAGUUGGAAGAAGGUGAACUGGAGGAUGAUGGGGCCGAGGAGACCCAGGACACCUCCGGAGGGCCCGAGAGGAGCCGGAAGGAAAAGGGGGAGAAGCACCAUAGCGAUUCGGACGAGGAGAAGUCUCACCGGAGACUGAAGCGGAAGCGGAAGAAAGAGAGGGAGAAGGAGAAGAGGAGGUCGAAGAAGAGGAGGAAAUCCAAGCACAAACGCCACGCUUCUUCCAGUGAUGACUUCUCGGACUUUUCAGAUGACUCGGAUUUCAGCCCCAGCGAGAAGGGGCACCGCAAGUACAGAGAGUACAGCCCCCCGUAUGCACCGUCCCACCAGCAGUACCCCCCGUCGCACACCACGUCCCUGCCCAAGAAGGCCUACUCCAAGAUGGACAGCAAAGGCUACGGCAUGUACGAAGACUACGAGAACGAGCAGUACGGGGAGUACGAGGGCGACGAGGAGGAGGAUAUGGGCAAGGAGGACUAUGACGACUUCACCAAAGAGCUGAACCAGUACCGGCGCGCGAAGGAGGGCAGCGGCCGGGGCCGAGGCAGCCGAGGCCGUGGCAGGGGCUACCGGGGCCGAGGCAGCCGCGGAGGAUCUCGAGGCCGAGGCAUGGGCAGGGGCAGCCGUGGAAGGGGCAGGGGCUCCGUGGGAGACCACCCGGAGGACGAAGAAGACUUCUACGAGGAAGAGAUGGAAUAUGGAGAAAGUGAGGAGCCGAUGGGAGAUGAGGACUAUGACGAGUACUCCAAGGAACUGAGCCAGUACCGCCGGUCCAAAGAUGGCCGAGGACGAGGGUUAAAUCGAGGCCGUGGCCGGGGUUCCCGAGGUCGAGGGAAAGGGAUGGGCCGGGGUCGCGGCCGAGGUGGCAGCCGAGGAGGGAUGAACAAGGGCGGAAUGAAUGACGACGAAGACUUCUAUGACGAGGACAUGGGCGACGGUGGCGGGAGCUACCGGAGGAGCGACCACGACAAGCCCCACCAGCAGUCCGACAAGAAGGGCAAAGUCAUCUGCAAAUACUUCGUGGAGGGGCGCUGUACGUGGGGAGACCACUGUAAUUUUAGCCACGACAUCGAGCUACCAAAGAAGCGCGAGCUGUGCAAAUUUUACAUCACCGGCUUUUGUGCCAGAGCCGAGAACUGCCCCUACAUGCACGGUGAUUUCCCAUGUAAGUUGUACCACACGACGGGGAACUGCAUCAACGGGGACGACUGCAUGUUCUCCCACGACCCCCUGACCGAGGAGACGAGAGAGCUCUUGGAUAAGAUGUUGGCUGAUGACGCAGAGGCGGGCGCCGAGGACGAGAAGGAAGUGGAGGAACUGAAGAAGCAGGGCAUCAACCCCCUGCCCAAACCGCCCCCUGGUGUGGGCCUCCUGCCCACCCCUCCUCGGCCCCCCGGCCCCCCGGCCCCGACCUCUCCCAACGGCAGGCCCAUGCAGGGCGGCCCCCCGCCCCCGCCCCCGCCUCCCCCUCCGCCUCCCGGGCCCCCCCAGAUGCCCAUGCCCGUGCACGAGCCGCUGUCCCCACAGCAGCUGCAGCAGCAGCAGGACACGUACAACAAGAAGAUCCCCUCCUUGUUUGAGAUCGUGGUGCGGCCCACGGGACAGUUGGCCGAGAAGCUGGGUGUGAGGUUCCCUGGACCCGGAGGACCCCCGGGGCCAAUGGGCCCCGGGCCCAACAUGGGCCCCCCGGGGCCAAUGGGGGGCCCAAUGCAUCCCGACAUGCAUCCCGACAUGCACCCGGACAUGCACCCUGAUAUGCACCCCGACAUGCACCCCGACAUGCCGAUGGGUCCUGGCAUGAACCCUGGCCCGCCCAUGGGCCCCGGUGGCCCCCCAAUGAUGCCCUAUGGUCCUGGAGACUCCCCACACUCUGGAAUGAUGCCCCCCAUCCCGCCAUCUCAGAACUUCUAUGAGAACUUUUACCAGCAGCAGGAGGGCAUGGAGACGGAGCCCGGACUCAUCGGGGACGCAGGUGACACCGGAAACUGGUACUCAAGUGAUGAGGAUGAGGGCGGGAGCAGCGUCACCUCCAUUCUUAAGACCCUGAGACAGCAGACGUCCAGCAGACCCCAGGCUUCCGUCGGGGACCUGAGCAACAGCGGGCUGGGGGAUCCCCGCCUCCAGAAAGGACACCCCACGGGAGGCCGGCUGGCCGACCCUCGCCUCAGCCGGGACCCCAGACUCACCCGCCAUGCCGAGGCUUCCAGCGGGUCUGGCCCAGGAGACGUGGGGCCCUCCGACCCUCGGCUGGCUCGCUCCCUGCCCAACCCAAAGCCCGAAGGCGGCCUUCAUUCCAGCCCUGCAGGCCCCAGCGGCUCCAAAGGGUCUGGACCACCCGCCGCAGAAGAGGAGGAAGGGGAGCGGGCCCUGCGGGAGAAGGCCAUGACCAUUCCCCUGGACCCUCUCCCCGGGCCCCCGUUGCGGGACCCACGGUCACAGCUGCAGCAGUUCAGCCACAUCAAGAAGGACGUGACCCUGAGCAAGCCGAGCUUCGCCCGCACUGUGCUCUGGAAUCCUGAGGACCUGAUCCCCCUGCCCAUCCCCAAGCAGGACGCGGUGCCCCCCGUCCCCGCAGCCCUGCAGUCCAUGCCCACCCUGGAUCCCAGGCUGCACCGUGGCGCCGCCACGGGACCUCCCAACCCCCGACAGCGCCUGGGCACCUCCACAGACCCCGGCGCGUCCGGCUCCAACCUGCCCGACUUCGAGCUCCUCUCUCGCAUCCUUAAGACUGUUAAUGCCACCGGCCCCUCGGCGGCCCCUGGCUCCAGCGACAAGCCCAGUGACCCCCGGGUGCGGAAGGCACCUACCGACCCUCGGCUCCAGAAACCAGCGGACUCUGCUGCCUCCUCCCGGGCUGCCAAGCCCGGCCCCGCCGAAGCACCCUCUCCAGCCGCCAGCCCCAGCGGGGAGUCCUCCCCACCAGCCACCGCCCCCUAUGACCCCCGAGUGCUGGCUGCCGGUGGGCUGGGCCAGGGCAGCGGGAGUGGGCAGAGCAGCGUGCUGAGUGGCAUCAGCCUCUACGACCCCAGGACUCCCAACGCAGGUGGCAAAACUGCGGAGCCAGCCGCCGACGCGGGCACCCAGCCCAAAGGCCCUGAGGGCAAUGGCAAGAGCUCGGCCGCCAAGGCCAAGGAGCCCCCGUUCGUCCGCAAGUCCGCCCUGGAACAGCCUGAGUCCGGGAAGCCCGGUGCAGACGGGGGCACUGCCACAGCCACAGACCGAUACAACAGUUACAACCGCCCCCGGCCCAAGGCCUCCGCGGCCCCCACCGCCACACCGGGUGCCCCGCCACCAGAGGGCGCCCCGCCCCAGCCUGGCGUGCACAACCUGCCCGUGCCCACCCUCUUUGGGACUGUGAAACAGACGCCCAAGACGGGCUCUGGAAGCCCAUUUGCUGGCAACAGCCCAGCCCGCGAGGGCGAGCAGGACGCGGGGUCCCUGAAAGAUGUUUUUAAAGGCUUUGACCCCACUGCCUCCCCCUUUUGCCAGUAGUGUUAAGCUGGAGUCAAGCGCUCCCCGCACCCCACCCUUCCCAGGGCAAUAUUUAAGGGUAGCAACCAGAGUUGGGAACUUGGGGGGAGGGGGGCUCUGGGUGGUUCCCCCCCUUUUUUUUCUCUCCCUCCCCGUUUCUCUCUUUCUUUUUUAAUAGUACUUUCUUUGCAACAUAUAAAUUGUAUAUAACCAUUUUCAGUCAGUUCUGGUCAGUGCUGCGGGGCUCCCAGGCUCCCGCCAAGGAAACCUACUUGUGCACGUGAACAGUUGGAAGUCCCCGGGGCCUCAGCCCCAGCGGGCCCUUCGUCUGGCCAGGCUCAGUUAUCAGGGACUCUCUGAAGGCUGGAGCCCCAGUCUGGUGGCUGGAGGUCCAGUGGGUUUUCUGGGCAAAG